CCGAAGCCAGCAACGAGAACAAAUGAAACAAAAAAAAAUUAUACACAUAUUUAUUCAACAAAAAAAAAACUUUAAUUAUAAAAUCAGUACAUCACAAACAGAUAGUCUACAGAUAAGAAUGACAUCUCUGUUAUCAGAAGAUAAAAUAUUUACUCACAGAGUUUGGUUUACACAUCUUUGUGUAUUCUAAUUCAUUUAUGUAAUAAUGUAUUUGCCAAAAAGUUACUAUUAGUUGGAAGCAGCGUGGCCAUAGACGUUAGUUAGUGAAUUAACAUGAACAAAGGAAGACUUAGGCAGUGUCAUGCAGCCAUGGCUGGCGGCUUCGGGUCGCUGGUCAUGGGCGCUCUCAACGUCUGGCCCUCCUACACUUCAGAGCUCUACGCGUCCAACACCACUACUCCCCUAUCUGCGCCUAUGACGAAAGGCGAAGAGGCCUUGUUAGGAAGCCUGCCUUCACUAGGAGCGAUUCUCGGCUCAGCAGUAGCUGGUACACUGAUCAAUAUGUUCGGGAGAAGGAAUGGUGGUGUUAUACUGUCUUUGCCUUGUGUGAUGUCUUGGGCAAUCAUAGGAGUAGCGAGUUCUAUGAAUCUCAUCUUAGCAGCUAGAUUUUUGUCUGGUAUCACGGGAGGCAGCUUUCUGGUACUGUCGCCUAUCUUCAUAUCAGAGGUCGCUGAAGAUGCCAUUCGCGGAGGCUUGGCUUCAGCAUCAAUAUUCCUGUACUGCAUGGGAACACUACUCUCGUACAUAGUGGGCUGGUGCCUCACGUAUAGGACUAUCAUCUGGCUUCACCUGCUACUCAGUGUGUUGUGCACUCUACUGAUACUGUUGGUGGUCGAGAGCCCUGUGUAUCUGUUGAGGCAAAAGAGGGAAGAGGAUGCAAGAGAAGCGAUAGCGAAAUACAGAGGAGUUCCAGUAUCGUCGAUGGUUGUGCUCGAUGAGUUGACGCGGAUGAAACAACAGAUCAUGCCGGCUGUCGAACUUGUAUCUAUUACAGAUAUGGAUCCUAAAGCAGAAGAAGCUGAAAAGCAGAAAUUAAACAAUGAAGAAGAAAUCAUCCAAGAACAGCCUAAAUCGAUGUCACCGAUCAAAUUAUUAUUCGUGUCACCGGUAUCGCGGCAGGCGUUCAUAGUUGUAAUGACAGUCAUCACAAUGCAGGUGUUCAUGGGCAUAGUUCCAGUACAGGUGUACGCUAAGACGGUGUUCACGGAGACAGACCCCAGCAAGUCAGACCUUUAUACUGUAAUGUUCGCUGUCAUACAGUUCUUCGGAGCUCUCACUUCUUCACUUGUAGCUGAUAAAGCUGGGAGACGUAUCCUGAUAAUCAUCUCUUCAAUCCUCGUGUUCCUCUGCUUGGUGUCCCUCGGCUUCCUCCUGCAGACGCGCAUGGCGCCGGCCUGGCUGACCGUGGUGCUGCUGAUGAUGUACUGCUUCUCAUUCCUUAUAGGGGCUGGAAGUAUACCCUAUGUGCUGUUGGCUGAGGUCUUUGAGUCACAGGUCCAAGGCCUAGGUUCAAUGAUCAUCAUAGAAUGGGUUUGGUUCCUCAACUUCUUCAUUCUAGGUAUCUUCCCAUACAUGCUGAGCGCUCUCAAAAUUCAUGGGGCAUUCUAUUUCUUUGGUGCCAUGAGUCUUAUUAACGCAAUAUUAGCGUUUAUACUAGUGCCGGAAACUAAGGGACUUUCCAAUGCACAAAUUCAAGACCUUUUCAGAUCAAGAAAGAAGAAUUAGACUGGCGAAGAAGAUUUUUGCUGUGAAAUUAGUUAAAAGAUAUGUUUUAAUGGUGCUUUUUGGAGAGUGGUGAAUGUGAUAAUCGUAUUUGUAAUUAUGUGAGGACCAAAUUAUAUCCAAUAGAUGGAUUUUGAAAAAAGAACUUUGUGCUCAAAGACACAAGGCACGGUAUGAAGAAAUACUCUACUAAAUUGAAAAAGAAAUGUGUGCCAGUUUCGACCAAAAGUUUUAUAUGUCGAAUAUGGAAAUAUCUUUCAAAAAGAUAAUAAAGAACAAAUCAGUCUGUAAUAAUUUUUAAUGGUACAGAACAUAUCUAAGUGAUCGACGGAUUUUGAUCACCCUUAUAAGGGAUUUAUCUAUUAUUUUACAUUUUUGAUUAAAAGGGAAAACGAUUAGAUGAUCUUACAAAUAUAGUGCUCAGAAACUGUCCACUAACUAAACAAAUACCGUCUUACCACAAAAACUUUUUAACGUCAGUUUAAGACUUGUCUAAAAAAUGUCAAAUUAUGACGUUGACAUUAUGGUUCAUUUUGGAGCCACAUUUUUUUUAGACAAGUGUAAAGCAGUGGUUAAAGUUUUUGUAGUAAGACCGAUAUAUUUUUGGAUCAUUACAUUAUCUAGUGAGAAUGAAAUACAUUGUUGAAAGUCUGUAAAGCAUUUCGUUAAAAUAAAUAGCAUAAUUACAAUUAUGAAAUUUAUACCAUAUUGAAAUUAAUAGGAUAAAUAGGUUAAGAAUUUAAAUAAUAAAACUGACGAAUUUAUUCAUUUAUGUUUAAGAGAGAGAAUUGAUUUAUACUGUGUCUACGUUAACUAAAUAUAGUGUUGUUGUUUUAAA